AUGCACGCUACUGCUGCCCUCCGCAACGCUGCACGGACUCCCUUGAUCCGGUUCCUGGGAAAGCGUUCUGUCCCCCAGUCCCUUGACCGCGCCCCCCGCGCUCACCCUGCCUCUCCUACUGGCAUUCUUCCCGACUCUUUCGCCGCCUACCGCGCCAAGGCACAGCAGCACGGGCCCCUUGGCCGAGCUUCGUUCACCCAGGGGUCCAUCGGUCGCAGCGCCGGUGCAGCUCUUGGACCUAUCAAGCCCAAUCAGGGAGAAUUCUUCGACCGUUCUGACCUGCCCACCCGAUUCCACCGCAUGCCCUACACCGAGGCCGAGAUUGAGGCCAUCGAGACUGGCGGUGCCAGCCUGUUCGCUUAA